AAGCACUAUAAUGUAAAGCGUUGUCCGCUUUAUGUUUUUUUUUCAAAAUGAUUUGUAAACAUGGUGGCCAAGUGUUAUGUUAAAAAAUGUGAAAAUUAAUUUGCAUCAUCUAUAAAGAUUUUCUUUACGUGCAUGGAAUACAUCUGAGUCUCUAACUUGAAAUGAAGAAGAGCAGACUUCUGAACUUUGGAACAUCUUGACCAAUCUUUACUAAAAUGGGCACUGAGUUGCCAAAAACUCAAGAAUCAAGUGAAGCAAGUGAUUCUAAUACGGAGGAAUCCGAGAACAGUAGCAGCAGUGACUCUUCAGGCAGUGACUGGGAGUGCUCCGGGAACAAGCCGAGCGCAGCGCACAAGCCCCACUUCUCCGUCACAUCAUGUGAUACCGGACUGAAACUCAAAAUCGCAGCCAUACCGAGAAAAGCACCAACCAACCAAAAGUCUCCUAAAGCUGUAAAAAAGAAAAAUGAUUCUGAGAAUCCCGAAAAACCGGCCAAGGAGAAACCUGGAGGGAAAAAGAAGGCACAGCUGACGGACUCAAGCUCUAGUUCGGAGUCUUGCAGUAAAUGUUCAUCGGACUCCUCGAGUGACGAUGACGUGCCACUGAAGACUGUCUCUAAAGGCUUGAUGUCUAAGUCUGUGCAGAAAAAUGCUAAAUCCAAGAAGAGUGACAGUGAGGAGGAGCGGCGGUGCGGUGACAAGGACAGCGCACCGAAAGUGAACUCUAAAGACAAGCAAAGUGCAACAAAGACGACUGUGAAAAAAACAAAAGAUGAGCCGCCACCAGAGACUACAGUGAAGAGAGGCAGAGGGAGGCCCAGAACUAAGUUCCCGUCGCCGGCGGUGGAGAGCGGGCCGUGCGGCAGCAGCUCCUCCUCGUCCACGUCGUCAUCCUCGUCCUCGUCAUCAUCCUCAUCGUCCUCUGAUUCGGACUCGGCGGACGCGAACGCGCACGCCUCGGCCGACGACUCGAGUGCCGCGCUGGUAGCUGCGUGUCAAUUACAGGUGAUCGACGAUGCGGACCUUGCUGAGCUACUGCCGGAGCAGGCGGCGCCCGCGCCCGCCUUCCCGCCCUUCGCCGCCGCCGAUACCGCGGAUGACAAGUCCAUGGCGGAUAAUGGCGACGGCUCGAGCAGCGAAAUGGAGCUCACGCCCCAGCUAGUGACGGCGGCGAUCCAGCGCGCCACCGCCGACUCGUCCAGCUCGGAGAAUGAGUGCUCCAACCCGGGGGCGCCCCACGCCGGCUCGCACUACGCCUCCAGCCUGCUGCAGCAGUUCGUGGCGCAAACCCAGCUGCUCAGCAGCACAGCGCCAAUGACGCCUAUUGAUGCAGUCCCGACUAUAAGUGACUGUGUUCUUGGGCAAAUUAAUCAUCUGCCUGAGAUACCGCCCUUGCCGACAACCUUCCUCAAUAAUACUCAGCAUCUUAGUCCGCAACAGACGGAGGAGUUAACACAAAUCAAUAAGGAUUUAGAGGAGAUAACGUCGGUUGGUAUCACGAUACCGAACCCGCCGAGCUUGGACGACUGUGUCGAUAAUAAUGAUUUUAUGACGCUGGAUAUAACGCAAGGCGGAUCGGAGCUGGGCAGUGAGAGCGACCUGUUGAAGAGCUCUCCGCUGACUGUCAGCGCUGACAUGACGCCUUUAAGUCAAAUUGAAAGUCAUAAGCUAGACACUAUCAGUACGAAUUCGGUGGAAUCUCAAGAGGAUGUUAAGAAUGUUAUAGUCGAGUCUAGAAGGAAGAGAGGACGGCCGCGGAAGGUUAAAGAGCCGGUUAAGGAAUCUCGUAGAGAAGACAAACCAGCGGGGAAUGUUAUAAAUGAAUUUCACAAUAAUAAUGACCCGCCUAAUGUAUCUCCAGAUUCAGGAAUCCUUUCGAAUCAUAAUUCGCCAACACAUUCGCCCAUGAGAAGGCACGAUAUGGACAACGCUCACAAUAGACUAGCUAGAAAGACUAUACAAAAAGAGAACAACACCAGAGAAAGAAGAGCAAUGAGGUCUAAAUCUAGAGGUAGGAGUAGAGGCAGGACAAACAGAUCUGACUCCAGUGAUUGCGACUUCACGAGAAAAAGGAUAGAAAAUGAAGUCAAACAAAUUAAAACAGAAGCCCCAUCUCCCGUUCCUCUCAAACAGGAACAAAGCAAAUAUGAGAAACCGAAGAAGAAUGAUCAGAAGCUAGACAUUGCCGCCUUAGAUAGAAUGUUAUAUGCCACAGACAGAGUUUUAUAUCCCCCUAGGAAAAAAGUGGGUAGAAAGCCCCAAGCUAAAGCGAAACCUACUAAGAGUACACCUAAAACUUUGAAAGAUAAGAACCGGUACGAAUCUAAUGAGAGUGAUGAUGACUCGUUGCCGUCGAACAGAUCUGUGCUCGCGAAUGUGUAUGCAAAGAGGAAAGAACUGAAUAGUAAGCUUGCCAAUUUACCUAAGAAUAAGAGCAGUAAGUCGUUCAACAACGCGUGGAGAGACCACCAGAGUGAGAACGAGGCGGCCGCCGAGGACCCUCUAGACCCCACAUGGAAACAAAUCGACCUCAACCCCAAAUACAAAGAUAUCCUCUCAGGCUACAAAAGUGACUACGAAUUCAAGCCGUACAAAAGCUGCAGUAGACUCAUAGAAUCUGGGUACAAGAGCGACUAUGGAUGCAGGUCGGGGUAUAAAAGUGACUACUGUCGGGCGGGCGGGUAUAAAAGCGAUCAUAAAUCUGGGUAUAAGACAGACAAGUCGGGGUACAAGACUGACUACAGCGUGCGUAGCAUGCGGCGACGAACGAGGAAGCUCAAGAAAACACGCUCCGUAAGAGACAGAUCGUAUUACAAGAACCAGAGGCAUUUCGUGUCAGACCAAGAAAUACUGUUGCUAGCCAACAAGACGUUUAGCAGCCUCACGCUAGGUCACAGUUCAAGUGAAUCGGAGUGCGAUAGCUAUCUUCGGAAACCCAGUGCUAGUCCUAAGUACGUGAGUGUAUGCACUAAAUACCCGAUGGUAAAUAAAUACAGCUUCGGAUUCACAAAGUUAAACAAAAAGCUGCUGAGAACGAAUUCAUCAGACCCGUUUGCCCCCGGUCCAGUAUUUAGUGGUCUACAGAAACCUCUCACUACGUACAAUAUAUUCAAAGUCAGUCAUAAUAAUAAUAACACUCUGCUCAAGUCUCCGACUAAGGCACAUCAUUCUGGCAAAACAUUGCCAACACUGAAACCCUCUUUCAACCACAAAUUCGGAGCGUCACCUAUAUUUUCAGCCCCCAAGAGCACUAAGAAAGAAAGUGAUGCCCUGAAAACCUUGAACAGAAAUCUUUCACCAAAGAACCGCAAACAUCUCGGUAAAAGCUCGUGUAGCCAAAAGAAAGAUGCGACGAAACCUCUUCCAAGCAUUUUUGAAAAGGCGAAGAAUAGUUACGUCCCUGACAAAUCGCUGCAACGAAAUGUGUUCUUAAAUUUCAAGAAGCCAAACAUGAAGCCUUCUUUUCAUGUGAGAAAGCACAGAAGAACAGUGGUGCUCGCUCCGCCUAAAAUUAACCUGCAACCCGCAGAGAGGCCGUCGAGAAUCACCAUAAAACAAGAGAGCAAACAUCAUCGACACAGAAGCAGGAGGCGACAUCGAUCUAGGUCCGUAUCCAGAUGUCGAGAAACUAAACCCCUCGAAACCAUUGACCAAAAGUUCAGUCAGGACAUGGAUAGUUUGGUCUUAAACUUCAUUAAGCUUUGCCACGUCGCCCCAAAACUAUCCGCGAGCGCGUCUCCGAGCCAAACUAAGAGAGAGAGCGAGAAAUCUGCUCCUGAACCACCGCCUGCUAAAGUUCCCAAAAGAGGCUCAAAGAAACGCAAAACUACAGACAACCAAGAGAUAGCCACGCCUACCUCUAAGAGAAGGCACAAGAAGCAACUUACAGAAUCUCAAAGCAAAGGCGGCAAAGAUACUAACGAACAUAAACUGCCGUUGAAAAAGAGGCAUUACCACAUCAACUCGUCCACCAGCAACACCCUGAGUCUCAGCCUGGUAACAGCCGAGUUUGAUGAAAACGCUAAGGUUACUAGCCCUGAGAAGUUCUUGUGCACGGAAACUGAUUGCUUGGGCGCUACAGAGGAAUCGCCUAAAUCCAAAAUGUCCCCUCAAGAGAGAAACAAGAAAGGCAAUGAAACCGCCAAAACUUCUAGUCAAUCCACAACUCAAAACAAACCGACUGAAAACUUAUCAGUGAAAAUUGAUGAAACUUCAACAACACCUAAAACACAUUCGCCCAAUUCAUCAAACUGCACAGAUGAUGAACUUGCAAUCAAAAGGCCGUGCUCAGAACAGUCGGAGCUAUCCAAGAAAAUCUAUGAAACUUCUGAAAAACUUAAAGCGGUGCACAAGAUGGUUCAUGAUUUGGAGAAGUCCUUGCCUAAAAGUAAAGAGACAGAGAUGAAGGCAGAAGGAACCAAAACCGAUUCGCUAAGAACCAUGUCUCCAAGACACGAAGCUAAAGCACCUCCUCCUCGCAAUGCACCCAUAGUGACACCCAAGAAACGUCACCGACUUGAAGCCGACAAAGCUAUAACUGCUUCAAGCCUAGACCAAGUGGUGCAGUCAUUAGCUAAGAAGUUAUCAGAUGACAAAGUACCGAGUCCGGCCGCCAAUAAGGACGUCAAUCAGAACUCCAUGGAUGACUCCAAGUCCGAGUCGGAAAAGUCUGAACGGUCCAGUGAAACAUCACCUACUAACAUAGUGGAUCCCCUGAAGAGCAUGUCUGCUAGGACGUUAUACAAGAGCUCCAUUCCACCAGCGCAGAAGUCUGAGAUCAUGACGAGAAAGAAGAACAGGUUAGAAGGCCUCACUAGUAAUCUAGUCUCAAAAAUAAACCCUAGUGCGGCGACAAAGGUGCUGGACACUCUUCUGAACAAUAACAUCCGAAAGUCUAUUGAAUCUAGAAUAUUAGAAAAGGAGAAGACACAUACUGAAUCUCCGAACAAAACAUCUGACGAUAAAGGCAAAGUAAAGGAAUUGUCACAAGCAAGUACUAGGGCUACUGUCAUUAAAUCUCCCGUGUCUAAAGGCAAGCUAUUGGAAACUAAGAAGUCCAAAGCUUCUGAACCGUACGUGGAGCAAAAACUCGUCAUCAAUGUAGAUAAACCGACCGGCAUAUUCGAACCUUCAAUAGAUCUGGAGGAUCAAAUACCUAAGUCGUCCAUUUGCGUUAGCAAUAUCAUGCAUGACAGCAGAUCGAAGUCUAAGGCACGAUGUUCCGAUAGCAAGAACUCAAAACCCUCAAGCCCUUCAGAUCCCGAGGCUGAUCUACCUUUAUCCUUAAUAUCUGAAACCCCUGACUCCAUUCUAAAUAGACCUAAAAGAGGAGAGUCUAUUGCGGCGGUUAUCUCCGAUAAGAUUCUCGAAACUACCGGCGGACACAAUUUGCGGCAAGCUAAGAGGAAUCUGAACAGUGAAAGCGAUGAUGCCAACGAAAAGAAGAAGAAAAGAACAUCUGGCAAUCUCAUCAGGGAAAGCAAACUGGUACUACCACCAAAAAUACUCGUGCCUAAGGUCCAAGCCGAAAGACUACCUAUUUCGGAGUUAAACAAGAAGACUGCAGUUGCUGCUGAAAAAUCUGCGACUAAGGAGACUGACACAAAGCCGAUAGAGCCGCCAUCUAAAAAGAAAACCAGACGGCGUAAGGCAUUCAACAGAACUGGAUUCCCCAGUGUGAAACGGAAGAAGAAGAAGGUUGAACCGAGCGCGAACGUCAGCCAGCACUCCGACAGUCACUUCGCCUCUGAAGACACCGACCAUAAUUCUUCAGCAUUCGAAAGAGUUCCGAAGGAUGGCGAAGCUACAAACACAUUCUUGGAGCGAACAACAAAUAAGAAAACUGAACUCAAAGUGGUCUUGAAUAAGGACGAAUGUCCCAAGCAAGGCCGCCUAACGGUAGUGGCCUUAGAAAAACUACAAGGUAAAGAAGUAGUAGAGUCCCCUUCAAAAGCUUCAGAGAGCAUUGCAAAUGAUAAGAAGAAUUCAGGUACCUCCAUUCUCCGAGCACCGGCCUUGCAGCUGAAACAAAAGCAGGAAGAAAAGGAAAUCAAUAAAAACCACGUAAACAAAUGGGAAGUCCUUAGUGAAACCGACAGCAUACCAUCCCUGGCUAGCUCUAUGGGUAACGACCCUGAAGACAGUAUACCAUUGAGUCUACUGAAUCUGAAGUCCGAUAGACCAAGCAGUCGCAUUGACACCGCAGACAGACUGAAGCGGAAGUCUAGAGCCCUAUCGCCUUCCCAAGAAGUUGAGGACAUCAUCUUCUCCAAGAAGAAGAUAGUGGAGAAAACCCCUAAAGUCGGUCUUCGGCCUAAAUCCAGUAUGGCGGUGCUAUGUCCGAGCGAAAGGAGGCUGACUCGAAGCGGUGACGUCACUACCGAUGAACCGAAGAGCAAACAAAACAAGAAGCAGACAUCGGAAGUGAAGACCUGCGAGAAGCCUUCAAGCAAGCCAGCCGGAAUAAUCGCAAGAAGGAAGUCGAGAUCCUGUCAGGUGAACAAGAAAAUGUUACACAGCUCACGGGACAGUUCACUCGAAACGCUGAUUGGUCGGAAGGUCCGUUCAAUAUCGCGCGAGCCGCUGGACAACUUGCACCAAAUCGAGAACGACCCCUUGCCGUUGAAUGAGAAGGAAAUAGACUUCGAGAAGAGUAUAGACGUGUUGUCCAAGAGUGUUAUUUGCAAGAAGCGUGUGGCAGUGUCUAGGGAUGAAAGUCCUGCCAGCAGCGUGGACCGUGCGCCCGUCGUGUCCAAGAGAAAUCCGCGGCUGAGGAAGAAGUUCCUGGUGGCUGGACUCUUCUCAGACUAUUACAAGGAAGAUCCGAAACCCGAGGGUAAAGGCAAGAACCUGGUCACCCAGACAGAGUUCCCGCCGGGCCUGCUGGCGCCGCCGCCGUACUGCGAGCGCUGGGUGCGACGCCGGCAGAGACACUUCACGCUGCCCUACGACAUCUGGUGGCAGCAGCACUACAACCAGCCGGUGCCCUCGUGGAACUAUAAGAAGAUACGGACAAACGUAUACUACGACGUGAAGCCAUCGGCGGACGAGUGCGAGAGCGUGGCGUGCCAUUGCUCGGCGUCCACUGGGUGCAACGAGGACUGCAUCAACCGGCUCGUGUUCUCGGAGUGCUCUCCCCAGCUGUGUCCGUGCGGUGACCGCUGCAAGAACCAGCGCAUCCAGCGGCACGAGUGGUGGCGCGGGCUGGAGCGCUUCAUGACGCAGCACAAGGGCUGGGGCGUGCGCACCAAGACCGCCAUCACCUCCGGCGACUUCAUACUGGAGUAUGUGGGCGAGGUGGUGUCUGACAAGGAGUUCAAGGAGCGCAUGGCGACCCGCUACGCGCGCGACACGCACCACUACUGCCUGCACCUGGACGGCGGGCUGGUUAUCGACGGGCACCGCAUGGGCGGCGACGGACGCUUCGUCAACCACUCGUGCGAGCCCAACUGCGAGAUGCAGAAGUGGACUUCUAACGGUACAUUCAGGAUGGCGUUAUUCGCUCUCCGGGACAUUGAACCGGGCGAGGAGUUGACGUAUGACUACAACUUCUCCCUGUUCAACCCUGCUGUCGGACAGCCGUGCAAAUGCGACUCCGAAGACUGCCGAGGCGUGAUUGGCGGCAAAUCACAACGAAUCACCAAGCUGCCGAUAAAGGCCCAAUCACGGAGCGGCGGCAACGCGCCCAGCCAAUCACAGGGCUCGAGCCAGCCUCGGGUCGGGAGACCGCGCAAAGCUGUCAAAUGCAACAAGAAGUUAGAACAACAGACGAUAUCCGUCUGUGACAGUAACAAUAUGACCAUACUGCAGUAUCAGCAACAUCUGAACAAGCUGUGGCAGGAACCACAAAUGAAGCCGUUGACGGCAAAAGAGAGGAAUCUGGUCAAAGAUCGACACUGCUUCUUGUUCAGGAAUCUGGAGAAGGUGCGUCGUAUAAAGGACCGUCUAUCCAUCGCGAUGACGCCGUCCCUCCCCCCUCCCGAGCCGGCCCCCGCGCCCCCCGCGCCCCCCGCCGCGCCCGCAGUCACCAACGUCGACCCGCUAGCUUUACCAAGCAGUAUGAACCCUUCCGUCUUCCUCACAAGGUUGAAAGCUCUCCGUGCGCCUAAAGAAGAGGGGAGCAGAAGGCAGGUGGAUGACGAUCCCAGUUUGAGCAAAAAGGAGAGGCUGAAUAAGGUGUUUAGGGCGCUUUAUGAGACUGUUGUUGGGGCUAAUGAUGACAAAGAGACUCCAAUCUGCGCACCGCUACUGAAACGCAAGCCGGCGAUCAAAGCUCAAGAAACGGGAACCACCCCGGUGGCACCCCUAGACCUCAACACCAUAGAUGCAAACUUAACCAGCGGCCAUUACGAGUCCGUCGCACAGUUCGACAGCGAAAUGAAUGCAGUAUUCACAUCGAUAACGAGAGAGCACGGCCGAAUGUCGACAUUAGGGUCUAUAGCGGUGCAGCUGAAGAAGAUAUACAAUACGGCGAAAUCGGACUUUGCCGAGCAGUUGGUGAAGAUAUCUGGUCCCGAUGAACCGCUGCCGGCCGGCUUCUUGCAGAAGAAUAAGCCUGAGGACAUAAUAAUGUGCAUAUGCGGCCUGCACGUGGAAGAAGGCCUCAUGGUGCAGUGCGGCGGCGCGGCGUGUGGCGUGUGGCAGCACGCGCGGUGCAUGCAAGUGGCGGACACACGACAGCCGCACUUCUGCCACCAGUGCCGGCCCACCGAGGUGGACCGUGAGAUCCCGCUAGACGACUACACGGAAGAGGGCCACCAGUUCUACCUAUCCCUCAUGCGCGGCGACCUGCAAGUGCGGCAGGGCGAUACGGUCUACGUCCUGCGAGACAUCCCGAUAGACGACAAGCACCCGGACGUGAGCCGGCGCGGCGCGGAGGACGCCGAGUCGCCGAAAACGAAAAGGGUUGAUAGGAAGAAGGUGAAGAAUAUGGGCAAAGGGAAGGAGAAGGAGGAGGGUGGGGCUAAGGAAAAGGAGAUGGAGGUCCGCAAACACACAUACCAAACUAUUGGAGAAAUCCCCGUGUCCGAACUGGACAUAUUCCGCGUGGAGCGACUGUGGCGCCACAAGGACACUCGCGAGCGCUUCGUGUACGGACACCACUACCUGCGCCCGCACGAGACCUUCCACGAGCCCACGCGCAAAUUCUUCCCGAACGAGGUGAUGCGCGUGCCGCUGUACGAGGCGGUGCCCAUCGAGCUGGUCAUGUCUCAGUGCUGGGUCAUGGACCUCAACACCUAUUGCAAGGGUCGUCCCGUCGGCGCGUCGGAACAGCACGUGUACAUCUGCGAGCUGCGCGUGGACCGCACGGCGCGGCUGUUCACGCGCGUGUCGCGGCCCAAGUACCCCAUCUGCACCAAGGCCUACGCCUUCGACCACUUCCCGCAGCGGCUCAAGAUCACCAGGACUUAUGCUCCUCACGAAGUGUUGCCGGAGUACCUGAAGGGGCGCGCGGCUAAGAACAACGCGGCCAGCGACAAGGACGGCAAGAGCAAGGCCGCCCAGAGCAAGGAGGUCAAGAAGAAGCUGCCCGCCCUGCCGCCGCCGCCUGACGACGCUAAGUAUCCUCAGGGCGCACGAGAACGUCAAAAAGAACGCGUGAACGGCAUCGCGCGGCGCCUCCUAGCCCAGGGCGGCGGGCGCGGCAAGGUGGACGCGUCCUACCUGCUGGACUCGCGCCGCCGCCGCCGCCUGUCCUGACCGCGAGGGCCGGCCAAACGCUGUCUCUGUUGCACUUAGACCACCGUGAUGUGGUAGACAGGGAUGGAGAAUAUGGUAGAAGAGGGCGCAUAUCCUGACCGCGAGGGCAAGCCAAACGCUGUCUCUGUUGCACCUAGACCACCCUCACGGGGUAGACAAGGAUGGAGGAUGUAGAAGAGGACGCAGGAUUGUGAAUAUUCAUAUUAAGGGUUGGAAGGUUGUUCCUUUGCAACUAUCAGGUGUGGAACAAAUACUGUUGUGUUUGAUAGCGAUGAUUGUAGCCAUUGACUGCUGGUUCAAGUCAAGGGUGAACUUAGUUGGAACUAAAAACGAUUGUGAAAGUUUGCCGAGUAAUGUCAAUAGAUGAUGUGAUUCGGUCUUGUUUUCCGAUGAGGAGUGCGUGUGUUAUGAUUAUUUGUACAGGGAGGUAGAUAUAGUUGGACAUGUUCUCGAGUAAAUAACAAGACGUGGCAUUGAUCUGUAAGCAGUAAUGUGGAAUGAAUGUACCUACAAUAGCGAGCAUAGAAUUAAUACUUACACAUGCCUUAGAACUUAACCGUAUGACUACCGAAAAAUCGUGUCUUAUUUAUUAGUGUUACAAUAGUUAAACAAAGCUGUAGAUUGCUUUAUGUAUUCUACAAAUAGUAGGGGAGAUUGAUGGCAUUCCAUUGUGGUAUUAAUAAAUAUUAAUGAUGACUUCCAUGUACAUGUCUGUAAAUAUCGGAAUGGACAGUAACAGAUUCGACACAUAAAUUAAGAUGCACUAAGCUAAGAAUCUCUAUACUGUAUCAUGUAAAGUUAGAUCUAUACAACGCUAUCGUUAAUAUAUUGUAAAGCAUAAUGUAUUCUUGUACGGAAAUCAUUUGGACAUUGAUCAUGCAUCAUUGAAUUUGUUGUUAAUUUAUUGUAAAUCUAUUUUUGGUUUGACCAAUCGAAGUCAUUAAAAUCAUAUUUCUUAGUCGACUCAAUCUCAAUAACAUGAAUUGUGUUUUUCUACAUUUCUUCUGCUCGUGUUUUUUUAGUUGUAGUUAUUUAUAUUUCUUAUAAACAAUUAAGUACAUAAUGUUUGUAGUAGUUAAGUAACUUAUUUUAAGUCAUAAUUAUAUUUUUACAUAAGCUUAUAUUGUUAUUAGAUUAAAACGGUAGGAUAGUAAUAUACAUAGCUAAAUGAACGACCAGUGGUGCGAACUGAUGUUGAAAGUUGCAGAGUUUUAAUAGGGUUUAGAUACAGAUGAGUUGAUUUUGAGGGUUGUUGAAGUAGGUAUUAUCAUGUUUGAUUUAGGUUAUAAAUGCUAGCCCCAGGUAAAGUUAUGAUUACUGGUUAAUUCAGCUAUUGAGGCAGUCUGGCUUUAAUUACGUGGAGAUUUUUGAAUGAGCUUUUUUUUCUAUUUCUGUAUGAGCUUUCUUUUCUAUUUCUGUAUGAGCGCCUGUCAACAUUGCCUAAGGCUAUUUUUUUUCUCUCUGAGUACUUUUCGAGUAUUAUUUUUAUGUAUUUAGUUGUUAAGCUUGUACAUAGACUAGCUGUAUCGAGAGGUGUUGGUUGUUUAAAUCGAGAUAAUAAUAUAUUGCUUUUCUAAUGAAGUGUUCGUUGUAAGUUUCUCUGCUUUUAUUAAUCUUGUCACUGCGCAGGUUGCUGGCCUUUAUAUUGUGAUUCAGAGAACAAAGUUGUUUUUGUUUCUAAUUUAUUUGUAAAUGUUAGGUUUUUACGUAUUUUCUACGUAUUUUGAUUAUACACUGAUAUCUUUAAAUCACUAAUUUUCUUUCUAAGGACACUUGGGGGCGAAGUUCACACCCACCACUGAUUCUAAAAUAACAUGACUCGGCCUUAUUGCAGAUAAUGUUUAUUACAAGCUACUUGCACCCAAGUAUAUGUAUUUAUGCACAACUACAGUAUUUUCUUUAUACACAUACAAAAUGUGCUUCUCAACAUGAUACACUAUAAGGCACUCUCUUUCUAAUUAAGUACAUUCUAAUUUCGAUCCCAAAAUGUAGUACAAACUUUCGUGCUUCUAUACAUAUAAAAAGGACAUAUGGUAGCUGUUAAAGAUGUUAAAAAUAAUAGAAUACUUACUAAUAAUGGCUUCUUGGUCGAACUUCGACCAUGGCAGCAGCCUAUCCCAGUCAGUUAUGAGCAAACCACAUAGAGUCUAGGUAGUCUAGGCCCUAGACUAGUUCUAGUGUGCAGUCUGCAUACCUACAUCUUUACAGUUUGCUGCACGCUAUGAUGUCUAUGAGAUCGCUUCAGCAGUCGAAAUUCGUCUUAGUAGCCAUAUCACCAUAAUAAAUAUUCGUAGCACAUAAAUUAUGACAUGGCCUUGGAUGCACCUAGAAAUUAAACAAACUGGAGUUUACAUACAUUUACAUUAUACAAUAACAUACAUUAGUUGAAGUUCAUUUUAGAUAAGCAAUUACAGAUAUAAUAUUCUGCUACAUAUCACAAUGUUAAAACAUAAAGAUCCGUGCCGAAAUAGUUUAAUUUAAUCUUGUAGGUUACGUCGAAAAGCGAUGAAUUGUAUAAUAGCCAUAAGUACAUAAAAUUAAAAAAAACACCGACGAGCCAAUAUUAUUGUUAGUGUUCGAACCAAGUCGGGUUUUUAUGCAAUUUCGGCCGCAGGAAUAAUUUUAUAACAAUGUGAUAUGUACCCGACACAGUACCUAAUCAUUUAAUAUAUCGGAGCACUGCGUACUUACUAGGUAAUAGAUUCGAAAUACAUAGUUAACAAUAACCAAGAUUAUAAUAGUUAAAUUAAAGUUUCAUUCAUGUUUGUGUGUUAUAAGUAGUUAAAAAGUUCACAUCAGUUAUUCAUUUAUUAUCAAAAUUUUGGGAUCAAAAAGUAACAGGCUAUUUUUUUAACCGUUUGGUAAAAUUGGCAAAUCAUAAUUAUAUUAUUUUGAUGAUUUUUUUGCUAAAGAGAACUUGAUGCAAUUUUACUUUUAUGUAAGAUGCUGCCAUUUGUUGUAACUCAUGUUUUAUUAAUAAAUUAUUAAAUCUGGA